AUGGCGGCCAACGGUUCCGACCACAAGACAGUCUACGAGUUCACAGUGAAGGACAUCGACGGCGCGGACCUACCGCUGGCCAAAUACAAGGGCCAGGCGUUGAUCAUAGUGAACGUGGCCAGCAAUUGCGGCUUCACCAAGGUCAACUACAAAGAGCUCAAUGAACUGUACGACAAGUACGAGUCCCGCGGUCUCCGUAUACUAGCCUUCCCUUGCAAUCAGUUCAUGAAUCAGGAGUCGGGCUGUGAUGUGGACAUCAAAGAGUUCGCCCGCAAACAGGGGGUCCGCUACGACUUCGCCGCCAAAUGCGAUGUCAACGGCGAUCACGCGAUCCCACUGUGGAAGUGGUUGCGGACACAACAGUCCGGUUGGUUGGGUUCGUUCAUUAAGUGGAAUUUUACCAAGUUUUUGGUCAACAAGGAUGGAGUGCCGGUCCACAGGUUCGCGCCGACCACCGCUCCCAAUAAGAUGGAUGCGGACAUACAGGCAGUACUCAAUCAAGUGGCCACUGAUGCCGGAAUCGGCGCUUAA